AUGGAGUCAAAGCGGCUACUUGGGAGCUCAAACAGGAGGUUCGUUCCAAGUACCCAGCGUUGUUUUCUCCUCAGGGAGCAAGCGGAGAAGGCGGCGGCUGCUUCUGCGACGGCGGGUGGCGGGGAUUCGAAGAGCUUUCCGAGUCUGAGGGAUGCGGUGAGCACCAAGCCGAAGAAGAAGAAGAUGAGCUUGUUUGACGCCGGACGAGAUGCUCAGGCUUCCAACCGAGCUGAAGGAGCGGUCUGCAGAGGAAAUGCAGUCCGGCGGGCCGAUGGAGGACCGGGUUGUAUGCGGGAUAGAGACAGAGAUGGUGAUAAUACUUGGGGAAGUAAUCGGAGAUCUUACGAUGGUGGAUUCGAUGACGAUCGUAGGGGUCCGCCUUCUAGGGUUUCGGAUUUUGAUCAACCCUUGAGAGCUGAUGAGGUCAAUAAUUGGGCAUCGGGGAAGAAAUCUUUACCGUCCUUUGAUUCCGGCCUCUCUAAUCGGUACGGGUCGCUUGGUGGUUGUGGUGUUGAGGUAAAAGGCAUGUCUAGGGCUGACGAAGUUGAUAAUUGGGCAUCUGUGAAGAAGUUAAUGCCUGCAAGAUCUUCAACUUUUGGUUCAGGUUUUCGUAAUUCCAGUCCAGAACCAGAUCGUUGCACCAGGGGAGGAUUGCGCGAGGAGGAUUGGGAGCGGGAACGGGAGCGCUGCCAAUUGGUUUUGGAUCCGCCACGGGUUUAA